AUGGUUAGCGACUUUUCUUACGUAGUUCUUACAGUUUUUGCUUCCUUCUUCCAGGCUAGCUCCAGUACCCCAGCCAGCACCCCAACACAACCCCCAGCAGCAACCCCAUCCUCAGGCUCUACCCAGGGAGACCUGGACCUGUUCAGUGAGACUGGUGGUGGAGUUGGCAUUAAGGGGGAGGACACCGGGGCCAAGAAACACCUCUCCAAGGACUCCAUCCUGUCCCUGUAUGGGAACACCAGUAUGCCUCAGAUGCCCCAGCACCAGCAGGCCCCGCCUGCUGGUAUAUACAUGAACCCCGCCCAGAUGCAGUUUCCAGUAGGCAUCCCCCAGCAGCAGGUCCCCACUGGCUACCAGGCCUUUCCUGGCAUGGGCACGAGCAUGCCCCCCACCACCGUCAUGGGUGCCAUGAUGGCUCAGAGCGGAGCCGCCAUGAUGGGACCCAACACAGGCAUGAUGGUUGGCAUGACGAUGCCCAAUGGUUUCAUGGGACAAGCGCCUGCGGCCGGGAUGGUUGGCAUGGCUCCGAGGAUGAUGGGGGUACCCCAGGGGGGGAUGCCCGCGGGUAUGGUGCCCGCUCAGGACAUGCAGGGGAUGUAUGCCGUCCAGCCUGGGCAGCAGGGCCAGUGGAACAUGGGACAGAUGAACCAGCAGAUGUCAGGGAUGAGUCUGAACGGUGCCGGGGGGGGCAUGGCCUUCGGUCAGCCUGCCUCCACCAUGGGAGGCUGGGCCGCUUCACCCUCCGGUCAGACACUCAGCACACAGCUCUGGAAGUGACCCACCUGGAGGUCAAAGAUCAGGGAUUGGGGGUCAGGGCAGCGGAAGAGGGGGUCUCAACCAGGGGGUCCGAAAUUCAACAUCCAACCCCCCCAGCAACCUUACUAUGAACUGAUGCCCGUUCUCCAACUGUUACUGACCACUCUCCAACAUCAAGCUUUUCUGUCUCUGUUCGCAUACUGAAGAGAUGCAUCCUUUCUUCAGGUAAGCACAGAUCCAUUGGUGAUUGGACAGGUGAAAGCAAGGUGACGGUCUUAUUACUCUGACCG